GGAAUGGUCACAGCAUCUCUCAUAGUUCAGUACUUCCAAAGUCAGCUGAAGGCAGGAGGAAGUGCUAGAGAGCCCCCUUCAGCCUGUCCUGACGUUUAUGAACUUGGCUUGCUAGAAGGCUCAAGAUGAUGGCAGGAAUGAAAAUCCAGCUGCUGUGCAUGAUACUGCUGGCUUUCAGCUCCUGGAGUCUGUGCUCAGAUUCAGAAGAGGAAAUGAAAGCGUUAGAAACAGAUUUAUUGACCAAUAUGCAUACAUCAAAGAUCAGUAAGGCAAGUGUUCCCUCUUGGAAAAUGAGCCUGCUGAAUGUCUGCAGUCUUAUAAAUAACCUGAACAGCCAAGCUGAGGAAACAGGAGAGUUUCAUGAGGAGGAGCUUAUUACAAGAAGGAAAUUUCCUGCUGCCUUAGAUGGCUUUAGCUUGGAAGCAAUGUUGACGAUAUACCAGCUCCGAAAAAUCUGUCACAGCAGGGCCUUUCAACAUUGGGAGUUGAUUCAGGAAGACAUUCUUGAUGCUGGAAAUGACAAAAAUGAAAAGGAAGAAGUGAUAAAGAGAAAAAUUCCUUACAUUCUGAAACGGCAGCUCUAUGAGAAUAAACCCAGAAGACCUUACAUACUCAAAAGAGGUUCUUACUACUACUGAGAGGAUAAAUACUUUAUUUACAUGUGAUUGUGAUUUCUUUUAAUGAAAUAUCAAAUUAUAUUUGUGUGGAAAUGUGAGAGAGCACAAUUGUUUUGUCUCUUCUACAGUUGUGGUUUAUUAGAUGUGAUUUUUUUCUGCAUUACUAUAAAUUGGACUAAAUGUUUUAAAAUAAAUCUAGAUCUUGAGCAUGAAGUGUUGUGUAUAAUUGGAGUAGAUAUUAAUUAAGUCACAUAGAAUGUUUUGUCAUUUUGCAAAGCACUUAAUGGGUUGUCAAAACAGUUAAAAUUUUUGCCAUUAUAAACCAAAUUAAAAGCUAUUAGAACAGUUGUACUGCAAAGUUUAGCCUACCUGUCAUUAACCCAGAACAAAGUAAUACCUGUUUUAUUAUUUGAAUGUUUUAUUGAACUGAAACACAUGCUCUUUUCCAAGACUCACUCAUUAAUUUCAGCUAUGGGGAAGGUAAUAGAAGUAAAAUAGGACCAUCUUCAAAGAAUGAUUAAUGGAUUAUUGUUAAUUAUGCUUAUCUUAGUGAAUGAUCUUAGACUGAAUUUGUUUUUCUGUUAAAUGAACUUAACAGCUAAUAAAAAGACAACAGCCAUCAG